GAGACCAAGCAAUACAAAAUUCGUGUGCCUUUAACCCAAACCUAUUCCUCCACCCAUUCUCGAUCCUCGCAAAAGCAAAACGAAGACACAAUCCACGGCGAUGGCGUCGUUGACUCAGCGUCUCAUCUUCCUCCAGUUGGCGAUCAUCGCAGUCCUGGCUGUCUCAGCCAACGCCAGGCCCUGCAAGACGCUCCUCAUCUCCUCCUACUCCUUCUCCUUCAAGCAAAACCCUUCCGCAUCGGGUUUCGUCACCGUCGUCACCGAGAUCAGCCGUUUCAACCCCAGGCCCGUCCACGACCGGUCCUUGCCCUCCGAGAUCUUCCUCUUCCCGGCCCGCCACGAGGCCCGGAGCGAGCAGAUCGAGCGCAACGACGCGUCGUUGCCAUCGGGGUUGAAGAAGUACCUGCCGUCGUCCUCCUACGACUUCGACUUCAGCUCGCUCCGGGAGCGCACGAAGGACAUUCUGAGCGUGGUGGUGGCUCUGCUCUUCGGCGUCGGCUGUGGGGCUCUCACCGCCGCCACCAUGUACCUGGCCUGGUCCCUCUUCUCCAACCGCUUCUACGACAGCCAGUAUGGCUCUCCCUAUUCCGACGACGACGAAGACGAAGACGAUGCCGACGUUAACCCUAAGAAGAUGGGAUACGUGAAGAUUCCGGCCGUCGAUUCUGCGCCUGAACCGGUCAAGCAAGUGGUAUGAGAGUGGUAUAUAAGUAGAUUACUCUUUAAUAAAAUUUGGGUUGAUGAAGCCUAUGACGCUAGUUUGGAUUGUCAAGGAUUAUUAUUAAAAGAACAAGUGGUAACUUUUGUGGUCUGUAUUUGUCGGUUUACAGCUUAAAAUUGUCCUAUAUAUGAUCUAUAAUCUAUUACUCUGUGA